AUGUCGAAUUCCAAACCGAUCACCAAUUUAGAAUCUAGUCUUUACCCCUCCAACGCUGAUCGUCGAAGCGUUGGAAUGAUGGGGUCCGACGUUGCUCCCAGUGUUCUCGCUGUGUGCCGAAUUGAAGGCGCACAGUCCGACUUGCAUUACUACAACACUACCUUCUCUGGCGGGGCAGGGGUGAGUCAUCAACCCCCAAUCUCUCAAUUUCUCGAAAUUGACCCUCUUGUCCGCAUAUAUAACCAAGUCUGGUGGGUCGUUGGGUUGUGUGACAGGCAACCCAACGUCUCGCGCUACGGGAAUCGCAAUUCCCCAGCGCUCCCUAUACCCGCAUCCCCAAGCUCUACUUCAUUCCCUCGCCCCAUUCCCAACUCUCAUUCUCACCAUGCUUCCAAAUAUCCUCUGACUCCAGACUCAAGCCCCGAUUUAUCUCAUAACAUCCCCUCGCCCCACGGUCACCAUUCCAAGUUCACUGGCCAACUUCAGACGCCUCCUCAGACGCCCGAAGACGGUCCCUCGUCCAAUGAUCCCAACACUCUGACAGCUCUCGAAGUCCUUGCCACAUUGUUUCCUAACUCUGAGGCCGCUCGCGCUGCACUGCCCUAUGCCCGUGCUCUACGUAUCACAUCUCGCCAAGGCGCAACGCCUGACGCUUCGACGUGGGACGGUGUGGUGCUCUCACUUCCAGGCCAAGAAAGAACCCUUUAUGUAAUUGGACGUGGGGCUGAGGCGCUCAUGUUACGGGAGAGCGUUACAGCUUUGUUGGACCUUGCCGACGAAUACUUGCAGUGCACGGCGUUUGUGAUUGCAUUGGAGAAAAAUACGCCAGGUCUCGGUGACUUGGUUCAUGCGUUGACUUAUCUGAGCGGACAAAUCGUCAAGAAACCUCCGUUUGUUGCCAAUCCUGCUUAUGUUCUUGUCGGGAUUGAGUUAUAA